UGACCUCAGGCGCCCCCCGGCCAGGCUGACCCCUCGCCCACCGCCCGCCGCCCCCCUUCCAUGACCCUGGGCGGCUGCCGGGGGGCGGCUCUCGCCCCCCACUCGGGCCGGGGCCGGCGCCCCCGCUGACCCCUCCGCCUGCCGGGGCCAACUUCGCGGCGGCGGCUUUGGGGGAGGCGGGGGUCGCCCUCUCUCUCUCUCUUUCUCUCUCCCUCUCUCUCUUUCUCCGCCGGUCGGCUGCAGCGGCGACCCCCCACCCCACAACUCUCCCCGCAUGGCUGGGAAGAAUUGACCCCCCCUCCCUCUUCCCCAUUUCUGCGACCGCAGGCGUGACAAUGUGGAUGCAGUGGGUUUCGGCGACCAGGUCAGCUUCUCCCGUGCGAAGCCACGCUUGGAUUUUAAUAGCCAUGUUUCAACUUGCCAUGGAGGUCUCGUCUUGUACGUCUUUGGGCCGAGACCACCGGCACCAGUUUUUACAGAGACCCGCCCGUUGGUAUGGAUUCCCUCAACAUCUUUUGUGGAGCUUUAGAUACGGGCCACAAGGCAGGAGGCUCGGACUUCCAACCAGCCUUGGCUACUUGGAACUCUCCAACGGGCAACAGCCCAACUGGUCCCAUCUCAAACGGUUGCACAAUGUGGCGGACCUCUGGUGGGAAAGCCGGCGGACGCCGUCACUCGCCCACGUGAAAGCCAACCCUACAUUGACGGACAGGAGAAGCGUGUCGCAGGCUUACUUGAAACGGAGGAAAAGGUACCUCCGAGCCAAUAGCAAGCCAACAAUGGAGACGGAGGUCAUCGUGUGGGGAUCCACCAGCCCCUUGGAAGCCCUGGAGACCAGCACCAUCUCUGGGAUUUACAAUGGUCCUGCCACCUUGGUUUUCGAACGGGUGACCAGCAGUAUGACUACGACGACCACCGUCUCCACCACUACUACAGCUUCUACGACCGUACAGUUCAAAGGACUCGGCCCAGGGUUCGGGGCACCUAAGAACCACCCCAUCAGCACGCUGCAGCCCCCUUUGACAUCCGGGGGUGGCAGGAAAAAAGCAGAAGGUCCACCACCACCACCUAAAAUACCAGGAGAUACUUCAGGCCUGGCGCUUCAUCAGAUCAUCACCAUCACCGUCUCGCUCAUCAUGGUCAUCGCCGCGCUGAUCACGACUCUCGUCUUAAAAAAUUGCUGUGCGCAGAGGGGGAAUGCCCGUCGGAACGGCCAUCAGCGGAAAAUUAAGCAGCAGGAAGAAAGUUGCCAAAACUUGACAGACUUUACUCCAGCCAGAGUGCCCAGCAACCUGGACAUCUUCACGGCCUACAACGAAACCCUGCAGUGUUCGCACGAGUGCGUGAGGACGCCCGUCCCAAUGUACGCCGAGGAGACAAUACUCUCCCCGGGAGACUACAAGACCUCCUUCAACGGAAACAGGGGGUCUUCCUCGGACCGCCAUCUAAUCCCCGUGGCCUUCGUAUCGGAAAAAUGGUUUGAGAUUUCGUGUUGACCGGCCAAACUCUGUUUUUAACUUCCUGGAGGGGCAGCCAGACGCCGCGCAGCCGUUCCAUGGAUUCCAUUGGUGAACCUGUAAAAAAAAAAUCAAAAAAUCCAAGCAUUAAAACGAAGAGGGCGUACUUAUAGCUAACAUUUGUGUUUUACUGAUGGAAGACUGAAAGCAAUCAAAUAUAUUUUUAUAUUUAUACAUAUAUAUAAAUAUCUACACAAAAAGGGACUAGCUCCACCCUGAAAUUUUCGAGGAACACACUAUUUUUCACGCCAAUGAGAGACCGACCAGAGGAAAUUCAAGGGCGGAAAUGAAGAAAACCUGACUCCAGAGGUGGACUUGUGGACUUGUGAACGUUGAACGUUGGAAGGGCAACCAAUUUUUCUGAAACUGUGCCAAUUCUAACCAUUAUGUGCCAUGAACUGCCAGGAAAAAAAAAAAAAAGAGGACAAACUCGGAAAAACAAAACAA